GAUAUUAGUCACAGAGCGUGUUUGUAUCCAAGUGUGUAUUUUCCCGAGAAAAGACUUCCCCAUGUACACACUCUAACCAUAUAUAAAUCAACCCUUGUACAUUUCCAUCAAUAAAUUUCUUUUUUCUUUUUCUUCUUUCUUCGCUACCCUUUUUGAAACUUUGACUAGAGAAGAAGAGAAGUACAAGAAGCAACAGAGAGAGACAGAGAGAAAGAGAGAGACAGAGAGGGGAAGGCCUAAAGGGCUUUGCUUGCAGCUCUGGGGGCUCUUUCUUUCUCUUUCCCUUCUUCAAGAUUUCGCUCGCUACCUCUUGAUUCCAACUAUUUCUUUAACUUUUAUUAUAUUAUUAUUAUUCCAUAUAAUAAUACAUAUACUCUUGGAACAGCCACAAACAAAGACCUGCCAAUUGCUCUCCUUCAGACUAAACUAAUCACCCAAGUCAUUGGCUAUAGUUUGUGGCAUCAUGGGGAGGUUAAAUUGAUCACAUUAUGACUGAUCUUUGUAUAAGGGAAUCAAAUAAUCUUUUGAUACCUAGUCAAGCCUGAUCUUUGCCUUGUCUAUGCUGCAUAUUGUAAUACAAAAUAUGGGCUCACUCUGCAGUAAACAGCGUCGUUACAGUGAAGCAGAUGCUGAAGAGACUGCACAGGCUGCAGAAAUUGAAAGGCGAAUUGAACAAGAAGCAAAGGCUGAAAAGCAUAUUCAGAAACUCCUACUACUUGGAGCUGGAGAUUCUGGGAAGUCCACAAUAUUUAAGCAGAUAAAACUUUUGUUUCAAAGUGGUUUUGAUGAGUCAGAACUGAAGAGCUAUAUAUCAGUCAUCCAUGCCAAUGUCUAUCAGACAAUAAAAAUAUUGCACGAUGGGUCAAAGGAAUUGGCUCAAAAUGAAACGGAUUCCUCAAAAUAUGUCAUAUCCAGUGAAAAUAAGGAAAUCGGAGAGAAGUUGGCGGAAAUUGGAGGCAGGUUGGAUUAUCCAUGUCUGACCAAAGAGCUUGCACAGGAGACUGAAACUUUAUGGAAAGAUGCUGCAAUUCAGGAAACAUAUAUCCGGGGUAAUGAGCUGCAAGUUCCAGACUGUGCCCAGUAUUUCAUGGAAAAUUUGCAAAGAUUGUCUGACCCAAACUACAUUCCCACUAAGGAAGAUGUUCUUUAUGCAAGAGUUCGGACAACUGGUGUCGUAGAAAUCCAGUUCAGUCCUGUUGGAGAGAACAAGAAAAGUGGUGAAGUUUACAGACUUUUUGAUGUUGGUGGCCAGAGAAAUGAAAGGCGGAAAUGGAUCCAUCUAUUUGAAGGAGAAGCUGUAAUUUUUUGUGCUGCAAUUAGCGAGUAUGAUCAGACACUCUUUGAGGACGAAAACAAGAAUCGUAUGAUGGAGACAAAGGAGCUUUUUGAAUGGGUCCUGAAGCAGCCAUGUUUUGAGAAAACAUCCUUCAUGCUUUUUCUCAACAAAUUUGACUUAUUUGAGAAGAAGGUUCUGAAAGUGCCAUUGAACGUAUGCGAGUGGUUCAAGGAUUACCAGCCAAUUUCCACAGGCAAACAAGAGAUCGAGCACGCAUACGAAUUUGUGAAGAAGAAAUUUGAGGAGUUAUAUUUUCAAAGCACCACUCCUGAUCGUGUGGAUCGUGUGUUUAAAAUAUAUAGAACAACUGCUCUUGAUCAGAAACUUGUGAAGAAAACUUUCAAACUUGUAGAUGAGACUUUAAGACGGAGAAAUCUUUUCGAAGCUGGCUUAUUGUGACGAAGAAGGUUUUUACUUAGAAAAGGAUGUUCAUAGUUUGAAGAAGUCAAAUAUUUUCGGAAUCAAGAGUCGAAGAAACACCUCCUCCAUCAGAUGGCAUCAUAUGUUUAGCAGGCUAAAAAUUUUGAAUGUGGGUUUGGUUUUACGUAUGCGAGAAGGGAAUGAUUUUUCUUUUGACUGUUGAUUAAAGGUUCACAGAAGAUAAUGGAUUUUCUCUUGCCUGUUCUCCAUACUUUCAGAGUGGGGAUUUAAUGGAAAAAUAUGAAAGCAACCUUGUAUUCUUUCUAUCAGACAACAUGUUCUCAUCAUGUUUAUUCUUGCCUAGAAUUGGAUGUUUAAAGUUGAACUGAAAUUUCAGCUUCUUCUUCAGACAUAAUUCGUAACAGGAAUAUUCUUUUUCUUGCC